AGCGCAGUGUGGUAAUUACCCGCAACGUCGCGGACCGGUAAUAAAACGAGCCGCGCAGCUCAGCUACGUAUUCAGCACGGGGCGCAAUCUUUCCACGGAGCAGCUGAGACCGUAGCAAAAGCAUCGACAAGAUGAGAAUGGCUAGUUUCGCGGAGAACCAGGGAUCACGGGUGUUUCACCUUAUGAUGAUCUUACCUGCGGGGUUCCUUCUCCUCCUCCUCUCCCUCAUCUCUCUCAGCACACUGGCCCACACCAACAACGAAUUUCUUGACAAAUACGAGGAAAACGAGCCAAAUGGAGACGCAAACUGCAUCUUCUACGCCGAGAGUGAAGACAAUCGACUGAAGUUUCAGGAGGGCGAUUCGUGCGCGUUUUCGGUGGCGGGAGGCGGGGUAUUAGUAGCUUUGGCCGUCGCGUUCACCGUCGUCCUCGUGGUGAAGGCGAUCUUCGGGAUCAGUGUGUGAGUUUUGCAAGUUCAUGUGCUGUUCUAGUCGCAUGAUCCGAGAUCAUUUUUCUCCACGCGGUUUGUGGAUAAGGGCUGUGGUUUCUCUGUAUUCAGGUUUAGCCUGACAGCACUGAUAGAGCUGGGGAUGUCUGCAGCUGGUGCACUGUGGGCCCUCAUUGUGGCCUCCAUUAUCACUGCCGGCCUCAACAAGACCUGUCAGGCCUAUCGUGAUACCUAUGAGGACUUCGGUUUCGAUAAAUUCCCUUGCUGCUCUUUCUAUUACUCUUCCAACUCCGACACCGGGGAUGAGGAUUAUAUGUUCUUCUAUGAGGAGCUCAAUACAUCAAAGAUCACCGCCUGGAUUGCUAUGGUACUGUUGCUGGUACUAGCUGGAGUCUACACUUUUAUCAUCAUUCGUUACUUCUUCGGCAGCAGCAAAAUCACCAGCAGCAAGAGCGAUCCUACCACAGCGAAGACAAACCCCAUCUAAUUGUGACCACAAACAAUACACCAAUUAAAUCAAUAAAACACUGCACUAGAUAAUAGUAAUAGUGUGUGAGGCAAAUAUUUUUUUUAUUGUUAACUCCAAAUAUAACGUGCUUCAAAACGG